AUGGCUGGUAUUAUGGCUGGUCUGUCUCGUAUGUUCUUGGAGUGCAUGGAGUUCAUCGGUUUUGCCGGAGGAGUGCCCGAAGUGCUAGGCAUUAUCGAGUACUUCACCUUCAUGGAAAAGCCCGCCUAUAUAUUGGCCUUUUGGCUCGAACCCCUCAUUGCCACAGGCCUGCUGCUCUACGGUGAACACCAGCGGAUAGCAAAGGAUGACAAGGAAGUCAAAGAGUUGACGGACAAGGCUAGAGAGGCGGGCAUCAUAGGCCCGAAUGAUCAACUGCCCGGCAUGCCCGGCGGCCCGCCCAACAUGUUUGCAACCUUUUCUACCAACGAAGGCCGCCGCACUCAGGAAAACAUUCUUGCAAAAUCUUUUCCCGAGGAAAGAAUCAAAGCCAGUGUUGAGGCCUGUCGAUCUUGCAAGUCCAAGUGCGUGCCGGCUGGCAACGUCACAUUUCCCGCUUCAAAUGAGACCGUCGUAUGCUUCACUGGCUGUCUCAACAGUCGCCCAAUCCCGGAGUCGUUCCUCCGGCGUAGAGUGGUUCAAGGCGACGGCCCACUGGUUGAGGUGGCCACCAACCACACUGCUGGCGCCGACCAGACUCAAAGCAUCAACAUUGCGAUACCUGCUCACAUUGCCCCCAGGGCAUUCGUGACCGUCACCGUCACUGCCACGCCCACGUCCACCACUACGACCAGCGUCCAGGCUCGCGACGAACACCCGGAUCGUCUCCCGGCCCUUCAGACGGACAAUGUGUUCAUUGACGCCGUACCUGGGCACAGCGGCGGCUUUGCCGGUCCUGGCGGUAUUGAUAUUGAUCAUGGCCAUGUAGAGCCACGACAAAUCUCAGAUUUGUCGCUCACGUCGGCCAUUAUGCCCAUAACUUUCAGUACACUCACUUAUGCAAUGCCGACUACUGUCAGCGUCGCCCCAUAUGCGGGUUUGCCUUUCUGA